GUGCCUGACGCCGUCCACCCAUCUAAAUGCUCCAACAUGGAAUUUAUGAAGAGGGUCGCAUGCCAACGAUCCCUUAGUACAAGCACUUUUUCCAUCAAAAAUAUUCUUAAUCUCGAAGAUGAAAGUAACAUGAUCGAGCCUCUGCCUCCACUCCAGCCAGCAAACGAUUGUGAAGCUGCAGCACUCUACUCGAUACCAAGUUCCGUUGUCGCUACUCAUGUACCAUACAAUCCGUCACCAUUUUUAAACCCUUGUUCGAGUUUCGGUCUGCAACAGUACACACUUCCUUCAACAUGGAUGAACAGUGGUACAGAGAUGGGAAAUCCGCGCUGGACAACCAGUGCAGGUCUUAUGAUGACUCAAUUCCCCUCCGGUAAGUGCUUUAGUUCACUUGUGUUGAAAACGAUUCACACUUUUUUAAGACCCGCCAUUCCCGGCCUUCCUAAUCGUGUUAAGUGUAUGUUUAACCUUAUUGCAUGAUAGGUUGACCACCUUUAAUCAUACUCUUCCUACUUUAUUUUUGUCCAUCGAAGAGUAGGCGAUCAGACUUGGAUUUUCAGAAGUCAGGUGCAGGGACUAGAUUUUAUAGAAUUUGCAGAUCUCUUCUCCGUACGUGUGAAAUGCAUUUCAUAGUCUGUAACAUAUAUACGUACUCGCACUAAAAAUAUCAAUCUUGCUGGAUGUGGAAUAUAUAUAGAAUAUAACACUUUAUGUCCCUUUUACUUCCAUUAUAAAUUCUAGUACAUGGGCAGAAGUACACGAUGACACUUUUUCCGCCAUUAAGGCCUUUUUUGUUGAUGUGUCAAUAGCUAUAGAAAUAACACCUUUAUUUUAAAACACAGGACGAAAAGAGAAAGAAUUAAAUCAUGUUGUCCGGCAUUUGCACGUUAAAUGAGUGUGUUAAUUGUACCUUUGGUAGCUGAUUAAAAUAAUUAAAUUUGGGACCGGGUGUUUCUCUGCCUAAGUUGCGAUCCGUGCUGAAGCUGUGUACUUAAAAAUAUAUGAAAGUGCGAGCUUUACCGGCAACUGCCCUAACUUAAUUAAACGUUGGUGAGGUGAAAGGUACUUGUUUUGAUGUGAGCAGUUACUGUGUGGAUAAGAAACAUCGUGAACAGUUUGACCAAACCUUGAGCUUCCAAAUUAUGCUCCUUUAAUUUCCCUUGCGGUAAAUGGAAAUUAAAUAGGGCUUCUCUUUUGGUAUAAUUAAGAGGAAAACAAAAAAAUCGCUUCUGACAGUCCAUUACUUAAAAUCAAAUGCCUCAUCUGGUUGUUCAAUUUCUUGCCCUCUUUCGCAGGUAACCUUCUACACUGCACAUAUCUUCACUGUAGGAAGCGAAGAAAACUGUCGACAAAGAAGAAAAAGAGGCCAUUGUUUUCACAACACCAAGUGGAAACCAUGGAGAAACAGUUCACGAAGCAUCGAUACAUCACUGAAGACAAGCGAGCGGAACUGUCCGCAGAAUUGAGCCUAACAGAAACGCAAGUGAAGACAUGGUUCCAGAACAGACGAACUAAGUGGAGAAAAGAACUCAGAGACAAAGUAGAGACGACUGUUUCCCAAACAAGAAAGAAACUUCGGGGAACUAUGUCCGCAUCAGGAACAUAUCCAGGGUUUGAACUGCCUUUGGGAACUGCUAGUUUGCCGCGAAGAGAAGUAAAAUUAUCGACUAGUUAGUGUUGACCUUCUCUUGUACUUACCUUGUUUUGCAUUUGUAUCUCUUGUUUUACUGUGUCAGACAGAAAACAGAGAUUGAUUGCUGAUCAUGAACUACCAACCUGUAAGCACAAUCAGGACUUUCUUCGUGGCCGUGAAAGGCCUUCUUUUGACCGGUUACUGACGAUUACUAAAUCAAAGUUUUUAAACGAUUGUGUUGCAAAGUUGUGCAUUGCCGGUUUAAACGCUACCGUGUUCAUAAUGGCUACGAUUGCUAAAAUGUUAGUAAUAUUGAUUUGAACUAGCUGCAUUUUCUUCAACUGAGACUGUAGUGCUUCUUACGUGAAAUCUAGCGGAAAACGUAGGAAGUAUAUUCAUUCCUUCUUUUGAAAUUAUAUAUCGUUGAAUUUUUAAAGUUUCAUACACUUGUGUAAUUUGUAAUCUUACUAAGUCGUGGCAAUUAGGGCAGUAGUUUUCUUACAAAGCUUGAGCUGUAAUCUAAAGCCUCUUAACUCCUUAAGAAACCGAACUAAGCAUUACAACUCUAGGCUAGUCAAAUGGAGAAUUUCUUAAGCCGAAUUUUGUGGAUGACUCAACAGACGUAAGAAUCUGACUCGAAGAUACGUUUUCCAUGAUUCGGUCGAGAAUUUCCAGGUGACCGACGUAUUUAGCCUGCAAUAUCCUGUUUACAUUAGCAUAGUCCAUAUUUACCUAUUUUGUACUUUUUUUUAAAGUUACCAUUAAACAUAUAUUUUUAUAAUGAAUAUGAUAUUUUUUAGCUGAGAAUGUAAUUUUCCUUUUUUCCUUUUUUACGGUUUUAACCGCACAUAUCAAUGAAGCCAUUGUACCCUGUAUAAAUACAUGAGUAACUGCGCAAAAGUCUUCUGUUUGCGUAAAAGAAAGAGAGGAUAGACAGAAAAGGUAACUGACAAAAUAAGACAUAAAUACCGCUAGUAAGUGAGGUCUACAUGACACAGCUGCACAAUACACUAAACUGAGGAAUAAGAGCAGUUCAUUUACUAAGUUAAGUUCGUAACGCACUGAGCAGUUUGAAUACGUAUUGGUACUGAGUCGUGCAGCUAGAAAGACGCCCGUGUACAGGUACUCUUGAAAUAGCUAAAGAAUUGUAUUGUAAACCGAGCAUCAAGAAAAAAAAAACUUGACGGCUUCAAAUUAACAUGCAAUCUACUCCCUGUAUUACAAUUAGCUUUUGUUUGUGAAAACUGUGGCUUUAGCUGGUUUCUUUUGCUGUUUUUCAUACGAAAACAGUCAGUUGUCGCCGUGUGAAAUCAGUGUAGAUUUUUGACGGUGGUAAAGAGACACCUAGUCCUGUUUGAAGGAUAAUUGUCGGCGAAUUGACUAGUAGACUGAAGAGAACGUUGAGUGUUUAUUCAGGACUGCAAAGCGAUGGGAGGAAGAAGGUUGUUUGACUCAAACUUAACGGCAUGCCUGUACUUUGUAUUUUCAUACAAGGCCCUGGGCUUUGAGGUUAAAAAGGCAACGAAAUAGCAUGGAUUGCGAUCACUUUCUCUUAACACUACAAGCUAUUUUAACAUUUUUCAUUCGAAGUUCUACACGUUCAAAAGAGUUGAGAAAACUCUAGAAUUUUCCUGGUAACUUUCCAUAAGCAGUGCUUACAUGAAGAGUUCGAGCAAAUGUUUUCGGGGCAAGGGGGAAGUCGCUUAAAAUUUUUAAAAAUACUCUCAGUAACUGUAUUUAUGUAUUUGAUUUUCUGUCUCUAACAGUUUUGCGGUUAUGCAUUUUGUUAAAGGCAAACCACUUGAUAGUUACGGCUAAUCUCGCAUUUAUUCAGUUUACGAUAUAUAUUUUUUCUUGACACGACACCAGAACAACUAACUGAAGCUAAAUUCACGGUAAAUUAAAUACCUUAAAGAGAUUUACUGUAAACAAGUAAUAACUGGGGUAGUCUCAUGGUUGCCUGUAGAACAACGCAACUGAAAUGUUCCGUCUUAUCUGAUGUCCUUGGCGAUCUCCAUAUGAUUUAAAGGUUUCUCUAGCUUAGACAAAUACAGUAUCAAGUUUUGGUGUGUCGAGUUUCAAAGUAAAAUUCUGCUUGGAAGCUUUCCAAAGUGCUGCUAUCAGAAAAUCAUGACUGCUGUGUCGUCGCAGUGUGACGAAAUGUUUCUUGUCGUCCCUGGAUGCCGACUGAUAUAGAUGUUUUUCGCCUGAACUGUUCACCUUGGUCACCUUGUUUAUGGACUGCAGCACUAGUUGUUCAUUCCUCAAAAGGCCUUCAUGUUAUGCUUAAACGCCUUAAAAGGAAGGAAUAAGAAUGCAAUAGCCAGUUUGUUUCGCAAGUAUAUUGUAGAGAUAGAAGUUCUCCACCAGUCAUUGUUUUUGCAUUUUCCCUGUUAAAAACCCUUCUGUUCUAUUGUGGUGUUUUUUGCUCCUUUGGUGGUGGUGACCAACGUAGGCUCAGUACCCUGCGAAAAGAGACCCUUUGAUCUUGUUCAGUUUCAGAUUAAUGAUCUGGCGGGAAAAUCGAGGGGCCUCUGCUCACAGGGUAGCUAGGUUGGGGUGUUUUGUUUUGUUGGAUAGCACGGAGACUACUGGACUCUUUGUUGUAGGUAACACUGAGCUCUUUCAUUUUGGGACACCUAAAGGAUAAGUACAGAAAAACUCAGUAAACCCCACUGAAUUUGUUCCAAGAUUCCCCAAGACAAAGGCAGCAAUCAUGCAAAUUCGUCCUUAUCUUAAAGGUAAUUAAGGUACCGGAAAUAUCUGCGUCCCUUGUAAAAUGUUUGCAAGUUGUUGGCCGACAUGGCGCCCUUGUGAAACGUAGAUUAGCUGCUGAUUGUUAUCAUCCAUAGCAUUUGGUGAAAAGUGUCAGGAAGAAUUAAAGUAUUUAACAGUCAGAACUCGUGACAAUUAUCUCCAUUCCACACGUGCAGAUCGUCUAAUAUACCGCCGACCUACCGCGCGCUAAGCGUUUUUUUAUCGUACCUACAGCACUGUUAAAUAGACUACAUGAGCUUCUUUUUUCCCUUGACGACUGGGCCCUUUCUCCGUUUCCCAAUCGCCUCAUGUACUAGUCAAUGUAAACAUCCCCCGGAAGGCGGGACAUAUCGGAGAAUGUGCGAGGAAUUUUUCACCGGUGAAACCGGGCUACAGUUAUUGGGGACUUUUACGAAUUGUACUUGCCGGUGGAGUAGACCCCCGGAGUGGAUCAGGAUAUUUUUUACCGAGGUGGGCAGGGUAAAGAAUCACAAUUGAGCAGCAAGGAGUACUGUAUUAAGGCCCGGGGGGAGGGGGGCACUGUAGGAAUUUCUGGGUGGGGAUGUGCCGCUGGGAGCCUGGAACCCUUAACCUUCACCAGAGCUAGUUCAGCUGAAUUUUGCUACCCUAUACUAGAGUAAACUCCCCAAAUCCCCCUAUCCUAGAGUAGCUGUGUACCUAGUCUAGAUAAAAUCUUCAACCAACUGAUCAGUUUCCUGAGAAAUGAUACCCUAUUCUAGAGCCAAACGCUCUGAUUUAUAUACCCUAUCCUAGAGUAAACUGCUUGAAAACCAUACCCUUCACAGCGGCACAUACCUAUAUAGGCCAUAUAUGGCAGUACCCCCCCUCCCCCGGGAUUAAGGCAUACAUCUUAUGGCAUACCGUAUUUAUUCGGUUAAUCUCCCUGGGCGCUUUUUAAAUUUUUGAACCUUGAGAGUGGGCGCUUAUUCGAGGCUGGGCGCUUAUUCGAAUAAAUACGGUAAAUCUUUAAGGUCGCUGUGAAUCAAGGUUAUUUUUAACGUAACAAGUUAAAUAAACAGAACUUGGACAACAACAAAAAAAAUUGUUAAGAAAAUAGCCUGCUUUAGGUCGGUAAAUUGCGCAAUAAAAGAUAAACCGGGCGGGGAAGGAUCUAACGGCGAGGGAGAACACAGACUACCAUAAAAAAAAAAGUAUAUAGAGGAGAUGACAAAAUCAAUAUAAUAAUACAUAUAAACCGUUCCGGUUUGAAACGAGAACCUUCUUUUUAAAAACAGAAUACAGUAUAUACGUUAGGAUCUUCACACUAUAUAAAAACAUAAAGCAGAUAAAUACAAUUGGUACAUGAGCAAAAAAUGGAAGCAGACGCAAAAAUCAGUGACUGGGGGUUUAAUUAAAAAAAACGAUCUGAGAAUAUAAAGAGAUGAUCAAACAUAUAUAUUAUUAUUAUUAGUAUAUAUUAUGCACCUUAAGAAAAAAUGGGGCCAGCAACAGGAGGUUCAGUCAGGGGCCCAGUGUAAGAAGGGGGGGCGGGGGGCGGAGUUGCCUGCAUAUAGGAUAUCAGCAAGAGCCAUAAUGGCUCUUGAUAUAAGUUAGGUACCUUUUCUUUAAAUCCUGCCUCACUAACCCUCCUCCCCCACUCCCUCCCAAAAAAUUAAUAACAAAAACAAAAACAAAAUCGUGAAUUUCAAAACUUAUAAGUCCGGAUUUGGAUUUGGUUUUCAUGAUCCGUUUUUCCAUUUGGAAAACACAAAAAGACCUUUGCUUUGAUUUCAGAAACCUGAAUUUUUUUUUCCCCAAAACGCAUCUAAAGAUUUCUUUCUUGAAAUUGGCUGAAUAUCUAAGGCCUAGGCCAAAGUCGAACUUUUCUUGAGACGAACCAAAGUUAAUGAGUUAAGUUAAUGAAAAGUUCGACUUCUGACACGUCUGGCUUGGUUAAGUUCUUGUGAGUGAGUUUGAAUCGUCCACGUCGCUCUGCACAUGCGACCAACUAAACUAAUAAAUUAAAAUUUGUAUUGCAUUGCAGACACACGAUGGUGUUCGCAACCUACUUACCUCACUUACUUGCAAGGUUUGCACCGACGUUGAAGUCGAGCCACAACUACAACCCCUCGAUAAUGAGCGAUUCACCCUCAGAAGCGCGGUAACAAGCCCGGAGGCAAGACUAGACUUCAAGGCAGGGGACUUUUGGUCUCGUGGAGUUACAGCAUUUUUUGAUGUCAGAGUAACGCGUGUUAACUCCAAGUGUAACCAGCAGGAGGAGUUAAAAAAGCGGAAGUACCAACAGAGGGUACUCUACGUU